AUGAUCAAAUCCACAUACAACAGCAGUGAUGAAGAAGAGGACCGUACCUCGUAUGAACAAGAAGACAACAAGGAAGAUCAUCGCCAUUCUCUUUCAUUCCGAUCCUCUCAUUUACCACCAAGUGGUGAUGCAUCCAACAACAACAAACGAAAAUCUCUGUUAGAAACAUUCUCUUCCCGAACAAGGCUUCAAUUCAAAGCUGCUCAAGUCUUGUUGCCUGAUGAUUCCGAAGCAGCCAUUUCUGCUAAAACAAUACAAAACAAUACACCAUCAUCGGAUGAAGCCUAUGAAAGCGAAGAUGAAAGGAGUAGUAGUAAUGGUAGUAAUAGACAACAUUCUCAUAACAGAUGGGCAGCUCUUGAUCAACCAUCAUCAUCCUCCUCGCUACAAACAUUAUCGGAACAACAACAAGAGGAUGAAGAUCAUCGUACACUCUAUGAACGUCUUUUGGAAAACAAACUCAAAAAACAAAAGGAAAUUGAAGAACAAAAUGCUCCUAAAGGUCCCAAAUCACUCGAUGAAGAUGAUGUACAUUAUUUGAGAGAACAAGAAGAAUUAAUGAAAGAAAAAGAAAGAGAAAUUAAGAAACAAGAAGAAGAAGAAAUUGCAAAAUAUUUAAAAGGAGAAAUGGAUCGUGGUUCUGUAAAUACAGUAGUGAUGACUGUUCUUGAUGAUAAAGAAGAUACCAACACACUUGUUCAAGAUUCUCCUGAGAAUAGAAAUGUUGUUGAAUUGAAUGCAAGUCCUACAGUUUUACCAAUUUCAGAUUUACAAGUUGUAGAAGUGAAAAAGAGAAAACGAAAUGAAACGACAAUGACGAAUCAUUCGAAUGAUCAUAAUGCCAAGAAAAAGAAGAAUAACAAAAAGAACGCAUCAUCAACCAUUGUGAAUAGUCAUUUAUUAGAAUAUGACAGUUCGUAG